AUGGAGCCCCGGUUCCAGCGCCUCGGCGCGGCCCUGAUUUUCCUUUUCGUAGCGCUGUCGCUGUGGUUCCACGCGCCUGCCGCCGUCAACCGCGAAGCGAGCGCGACGCAGCCGCCGUCCAAACCCUUCUCCGCCGGCCUGAACUACACGCGCUUGCACCCUGCCAACUCCACUCUAGGCUUUGGUGCCGUCCUAGCCGUCUCGCGCGAGAACUCGCCCCGGCAGGAGUCCCUGUUCUUCGCCUCCAAUUUGACCGGUGUCGACAUUAUCGUCCCGCAUCAACCGCGAUGGUCCGAUGAACGCCUCAACAAGCUCCGAGCUGAGCAUGACUCCCGAAUUACACGUGGCUCUGCCCUGGCGUGGCUGGGCCACCUGAACGCCCUCAAAUGGUUUCUAGACUCUGGCCUGGAGACGGCGCUUAUUAUCGAGGAUGAUGUCGACUGGGACAUCCACCUGCGGACUGUCCAGGUCCCACUUGCCUCCGAGAACCUGCGCGCCCUGUUGGGUUCCGACACGACCUACUGGGGCGAUUUGGACCAAUGGGAGAUCCUCUAUCUCGGCCACUGUGGUGAUUUCUUCGAUGCCGACAAGCUCGACAGCCUCCAGCAUCGCGUCUACCGCGACGACACCCUUCUCCCUCACCGGAGAAUGCACUCGCACACCAAUGAAUUCUUGGAAAAGCUCGGCCUCCAAGAAGGCGAGCGCAUGGUCCACCGCUCCAAGUGGCCGCUUUGCACCUUUGGCUACGCCGUCACCCGCGCCUCAGCCAACCGCAUCCUAACCAAGCUCGCUGCAAGGGAGUCUGAUGGCGGCUGCGAGGCCUUCGACGUGCGCAUCCUGGAGGCCUGCAGAGACCUGGAUUACAAGUGCUAUAGUGCCAAUCCCGAGCUCUUCCAUCACAUCUCGGCUCCUUCCGAGAUUGCGAAUGUCAACGAAGGCGCCGACACGACCGACAGCACGGGCCGAUUGCGAUCUCAAAAGCUCACCGGCGGCACCACUAACAUCGCCUGCGGUGCGAGAUCCGCAUCUUUCUUCACCAAAGACCCAGCCACCCUGAAGUACCUGCAGAAAGAAGUGGGCGAAAAGGGGCACUGCUUAGGCGAUCCCAUGGAGCAGGACGCCGACAAGCCUUAUUAA